UUAUAAAAACAACGAUGAUGGAAUUCAAUCAUUUUGGAAGUUUCUAUUAAAUCAAUCAACGUAACAAUUAAAGUAAAAAUGAAUUCUAUUUAUUCUGUUAGCUUAUCCCUUCUCAUGGUGCUAAUCGUCAAUAGCAUUCAAUCUUCUUCUGUUUUGGCUUCACAGUCUGUUGACGAUAAUUCUAAUAAUUUAAUCAUUCUUAAUUACCAAUAUGUUGCAGAUUGGGAAGGCUUCAUCUUAUUUGAUGUAAAUGCUACAGAAACUGGACCGAAAAAAAUCGAAAGCUGUAGCUUAUCAUUACAAAUUCAACGUGAUGUCAAUGGCAAAUUAUAUUGGGGCUCAACUUCUGAUUAUUCUGUUAUCUUUAGUGCUCGACUUGAAUCCGAGAACAAGAUCGUAUUCAGUAUCUUGGUAAAAGAUGUUAGACCAUUUCCAAAUUAUCGAUUCACCUCUGUGUGUAGGCAUUCAGAUGGUAAGUUGAAUGCUGCUUUUCUCUACAUUGACGAUAACUUUCGUGCUCAAUAAAAGACCAAUCCUGGAUGCAAAGAUUCACUAUAAUUAUCUCAUUUUUAAGAAUUGAUUUUAAUUGAUAUCAUUGUUUUCUUAAAAAAUAAAAUAGCUUGUGUUCAUUUCA